UCAAUUUUUUUUUUUAAACAGCAGUCGGCUGCCAUUUUGAAAAAAUGUCUCUUUGUGCUAUCUGCCACCAUUUCCUCUGUACAAGCGGCAGCCAUAGACAGAUGAACGAAAGGACGGCCUGCAAUUGGAGAAGGAGAACUUUAUGGUGCAAUUGGAGGCAAAAACCGUCCAGAUUUUUGUGCAAAACUCCACCAGAGAAGUCGAUUGCAGAGAAGGCGAUUUAAUCUACUGUUAUCUGACCUCUUUGAUUGGUGUAAGCCUAUAAUUUACGGUUGACGAACAGGACGCGUUAGAACCUUUUCGUUCGAUGAAUUGCACUGAACAAUUUCCUCGAUAUUUUCAAAUACUAGAUCUGGAUUCAGUAUGAAACUUUUGAUUUUAGUCCAUUGCCAAUUCUAGAAUUGCUCUUCAUAACUACGUUCCACAGGUGCUAAAUACCACAACAAUCUGGGAGGAGUAGUGGAUCCACUUUUUUGACAAGCUUCAACUAAGCAGGUUUACUCAGAAAGCAAGAUUCUCCCCACUGUUUCUAAGUUCUGCACAAUGGAGGAGUCAUCAUUUUUCAACAGAAUGCUACUUAAUCUUCGUGCAACCUGCAAGUAUUAUACUGGCUACCCUAAGGAUCUUGGACCAUCGCGAGUUAUUCCUUUCUCGUCAGAGCGCGAGUUUAUGCAGCUUCUACAUGAAGGUCACCCUGUGGUUGUUGCAUUUACCAUCAAGCACACAAAACAUCUUGACAAAGUAAUGGAAGAAGCUGCAGCCGAGUUUUAUCCACAUGUAAAGUUUAUGCGUGUUGAGUGCCCAAAAUAUCCUGGAUUUUGCAUAACACGGCAGAAGAAGGAAUACCCAUUUGUAGAAAUAUUUCACAGCCCAGAACAGGCAGCUAAUCAAGGAAAAGUCGUCGAUCCAAAUAUCACAAAAUAUUCUGUGAAAGUUUUACCUUUGAUUGAAAAUUUGAAAUUUAUAAAGGUAAAAGACAAUUCUUGAACUCCCCCCAUGGAAAGUAAAACGAUCCACUGGUGGAUUGAACUACAUAAUAUAUGAUUUCUUUAUGGACAAUUUAUUUUUCAUCCUUAAUUCAUCUGUAUUAAGUCAGUAUUUAUGUAUUUGAUCUUUGGUUGUGGUUAAUCAAGGAUUCUGUAUUUUAUGGAUUUUUGAUUUCCAUUCCUGAAAGUAGUAAAUUUGUCUUUGAAGUAAGUUAGAAAAUUAUUCACAGAAGAGAUGAACCGUCAGUUCUAUAUUUCCUUUUAUAUUAUCUAAUAAUGAGACUAUGAUUAUCUAACAGAAUAUGGUUUUGGGGGUGGAAUUUGUGACGUCAAUCUAAAGGGAUUCAGAACCCCUCUUCCAGUCUUAAUGAAAUAGAUGGCCCAAUUAAACAGGAAGAGAGAACAGGAAAAUUAAAGUGAUGUAAAAUUGCAUAAUUCUGAUACAAAGAACUCUAUCCUAGGUAUUUUAAAUAAAUGGUUCAUUGACUAGGGUAGGAUACUUUGAUCUUUUAAUCUUGGGGUUGGAUAAUGAAAUUCCGAAGCUUUCCCCUGUUGUUUCGAGUAUAAAAUAUUUUUGAGAAAUAUUAAUUCUUACAAAAAUAUUAUUCUGAUAAAUGUUUCUAUGUUGGUGAUAUUUGUUGCAUUAAGUUCAUUCCUUGCAAGUCUCUUGUAUCAUAUGUCAUGCAUGUUUAGUAAGAUUUACAAGUGCACCUAGUGUUUGAGACAUCUUUGCUACUCGAUGUUGAAGUUGGUUUCGAAUCUCCGGUUCAACUAUGAUCUCAGUUCUUAUGGAUUUUUCCGUCUCUGUCCGGUUAAGUUUAGAGCCGAACUAAACAAAUAUUAUUUGAGACAUUGAAUUCUUACUUACCGUUCAUUAUACAUGAUAGAUAUGUUUGGGGUUGAAAAUGAAAGCACUCAAUUUCAUCCAACAUUUGACAUUACAACUACCAUUGACGGCUAGGUGUCAUCAAAAUCUUAAUUUCCAAAAUAAUAAUAAUAAUAAUAG